AUGCCACAACCUAAUAAAAGAACAGCCAGCCUGCCAAGUCCCCAUCCCAUAGGCCUGCAUAGCCUCUGCUCUACUCCACUGGGCUCUCCGCCCCUUGGGCUGCGCCGGGCCACAGCUUGGUGCCAGAUCCAUGCACCACCACCACUAGUAUCCCUGCCUCCCAGGAUGUGCUGGGCCCUAGCCCCAUGCCAGGUCCACGUCCCUCAGGGACCCCCACCCCUCAAUCCCCCUGCCCCUCAGGCUCUGCUGGGCCCCAGCUCUGCAUGGGACCACCGGAUUCACACCACACCGGGACCCCCGCCACCUGGGCCAUGCCGGAUCCCCACCUCCUGGGCCAUGCCGGAGCUGUGCCCUGCCGGGACCCAUGCUUCUUGGGCCAUGCUGGAUCCAUACCCUGCCAGGACCCCCGCCCCUCAAUUCCCCCUGCCCCUCGGGCUCUGUUGGGCCCCAGCUCCACAUGGGAUGACUGGAUCCACACCACACCUGGAUCCCCACCUCCUGGGCCACAAGGGAUUCACGUCCCACUGGGACCCCCCCACUGCCUGGGCUGUGCUGAAACCAGGACCCCCACGUCUUGGGCCAUGCCAGAUCCAUGCCCUGCCAGGACCCCUGCCUCUUGGGUCACACCAGAUCCACACCCCACCAUUACCCCCACCCCUCAAUCCCCCUACCCCUCAGGCUCUGCUGGGCCCCACCUCCAUGGGGGACAACUGGAACCAAGACCCACCUGGAUCCCUGACUCCUGGGCUGCGCCAGAUCCAUGCCCUGCCAGGACCCCUGCCCCUUGAAUCCCCUGCCACUCAGGCUCUGCUGGGCCCCAGCUCCCCAGGGGACAACCAGAGCCACAACCCAUCAAGAUCUCCACGCCUCAGGGCUGGGCACCAGCUGUAUGCAAGACCACCCCAUCCCCCAGCCCGCUGGGAUCCCCGCCAUCUGGGCGGAGCCAGGCCCCAGCUCUAUAGGCUUUCCAGAUAA